UGCAUCCUUUCCACUCACACAAUCUAACACUUAGUCAGGCAGUAGGGAACACAGCUUUACAGGUAACAGGUAUUAAGUCAAAUCCACUGUAGGCUACUGAGACAUCUGUUCUAACUAUCAAGACCAUCAGCAGUAGAUCAACAUGAUUUUUCUAAUGGACCUCCAGAUGAUGCUGCUGGAUGUGAUUUACUUCAUCCUGCGCAAUUCUGUGCGGGUCAUCCUGCGCCCACGCACCAAGCCCAUUGACGGUGAGCUGGUACUGAUCACCGGAUCAGGUGGUGGCCUGGGUCGUCUCUUUGCUCAGGAAUUCACUAAGCAUGGGGCAGAAGUGGUGCUGUGGGACGUGAACAGCAGUUCCAAUGAGCAGACAGCCAAGCUGGUGCGUGAGAUGGGAGGUAAGGCGCACUCCUACACGGUGGAUGUGACCGACAGGGAGGAUGUGUAUCGCAAUGCAGACCUUGUGCGAAAGGACCUGGGCCGGGAUGUUACAAUACUGGUGAACAAUGCUGGAGUGGUGGCUGGGAAGCGCAUGUUAGACUGCCCUGAUGAACUGAUGGAGAGGACCAUGAAAGUCAACUGCCAUGCCCUCUUCUGGACAGUGAAGGCCUUCCUCCCUCAGAUGAAGGCCCAGAAUCAUGGACACAUCGUGACCAUCGCCAGCGUCCUCGGUCUCUUCAGCACUGCUUGUGUCGAGGAUUACUGUGCCAGUAAGUUUGCUGCAGUAGGUUUCCAUGAGUCUCUUGCCCACGAGCUGCUGGCUGAGGAGGUUGAAGGAGUGAAGACUACUCUUGUGUGCCCCUAUAUCGUGGACACAGGCAUGUUUGAAGGCUGCAAGAUACGGGAGGAAAUGGAACUGCUCCUACCCCCUCUGGAGCCCCAGUACUGUGUUGAGCAGGCCAUGAAUGCCAUCCUGAUAAACCAACCAUUAGUGUGCAUCCCUCGGCUCACCUACCUGCCUGUCCUCUCCAGAGCAUUGUUGCCGUGGGAAUCCAAUGUGGUUACAUAUCGUUUCAUGGGGUCCGACAAGUGCAUGUACCCCUUCAUUGACACCAUGAAGAAUCAAGCGUCUAAUGUCUCCGUUAAGGUUGCAUAAUCAUACCUAAGUACAGUUAAGACAGCUUUGGGAGUCAAAACCUAAAAAUUAAAAUCAAAUGUCAUUCAAAGGGUUUGUGAUAUAUCAGAUCAUACAAACAAAGAAAAAAAAAUCCUUCUGCUUGCGUGGACAGCAGUGGGUCGAACUGCCCAGCUACAGCCAGGAUUCAAUAACAUGUGAAUGAUAAGAAGCAAUGCAGAGGCCAAAUGGAAGGGGCUUUAGAUUUUGAGACUGAUCAUUCAGAACUAAAUGACGACUCAGCCAAGUGGUCAUUAGCUCCCCAAAAACAUUUCAGUAAUGUUCAGACGAAGUUUAAAGUCCCUUCAAACCGUUUUCACAAUAAACCUGUGAAAUGACAAACCACUUAAUGAUUUGUGAAUGAAUCCUGGACUGACCAAAGGGGGAAUGGGAGUGUCUUUAAUAUCUGUAACUUAACAAUGUACCAGAAUAUUGUGCUGUAUUAUGUUUACAUUAAAUAAAAUGACUGAAAACCACUACUCUAAAAA